CAGAAUUAGUAAUAAAUUGGUACAAAAACUAGCUUAAAUAAAAUUUAUUGUGGUCAGAGUUGCUUUUUAGGCUGCGUCGCGUCGAAUCUGUUCACACAUAUGUGGAUGUCAUCAAGGACAGCAGUCGUCACUGAUUAAAUAAACAUUGAACGCUGUGUUUGGUUUUGUGAAGAUAAAAUAUAAAAUUUGUGGUUUUCUUUGUGGAUGGUGUUACAUAAUAAUUUUUUAAAAAAUGUGGGUGUUUAUUGCCGCUGCGGUACUAAUGGCAUUUGGGUACUGGGUGCUGAGUCGACGUCAUAGUUACUGGUUUAGAAAAGGGGUACCACAAAUAAAACCAACGUUUAUUUUUGGAAACAUGUGGCCUAUGAUUCUUCGUAAACGAUCAGUUCCUGAAAUUAUACAAGACAUGUACAAUUUUGAUAAAGAUUUAAGGUACGUCGGCAUAUACCAGUUUCUUCGACCAGCUCUUAUGUUGAGAGACCCAGAACUCAUCAAGCAAAUCACAGUAAAAGAUUUCGAUCACUUUUUGGAUCAUGUAGCUCUCGUAGAUCCAGAUGCGGACCCUCUAUUUGGUCGAAAUUUAUUUGGACUUAACGGGAUGAAGUGGAGGGAGAUGAGAUCUACACUUAGUCCAACAUUCACUAGCAGUAAAAUGAAGCACAUGUUUUCUUUAAUGUCACAAAACGGAGAACAAUUUGCAAAAUAUUUCCUGCAAAAAAAUGAAGACGUAAUUGAAGUAGAAAUGAAAGAUCUUGCUGCAAGGUUUGCAAAUGACGUUAUUGCUAAUACUGUGUUUGGGUUUGAAAGUGACUCUCUGAAAGAACCUAAUAAUGAGUUUUAUACAAUGGGAAAAUUUGCUGCUGAUUUUACAAGUAUAAGGAAAAUCCUGGUGUUUAUGGGGUACAUCUUAUUGCCCAAACUAUUUAAAUUUUUCAAAGUGGCUUUUUUCCCUGACAAAAUGGCGAAGUUUUUUCGAAGAAUAAUCAAAGAAAAUAUUGAAAGUAGGGAAAAACACGGUACUAAACGUGCUGAUAUGAUUGGGUUGUUGCUUGAAGCAAGAAAAAACACGCACGACGACGACGAUCACAGUUCUUUACCGGAUACUGGUUUUGCUACGGUAGAAGAGUCAGAAAUUGGCAGAAAUCAAAAACUAAGAAAGACUACAAUAACAGAUGAAGACAUUACUGCUCAGGCUUUUGUAUUCUUCUUUGCUGGAUUCGAUCCUGUUUCUUCGCUUGUGAGCUUUAUGGCUUACGAACUAGGUGUCAAUCAAGAAAUACAAGAGAAACUUAAGAAAGAAGUAGAUGCUACGAACGAAAAAUGUAAUGGAAAAAUAACGUAUGAAGCUUUAACAACAAUGAAAUAUAUGGAUAUGGUGGUGUCUGAAGCCUUAAGAAAAUGGCCAAAUGCCAUCGUUACUGACAGAACCUGUACUAAACCCUACACCAUCGAACCAAAAUCACCAAAUGAAGAACCAGUUCAUUUAGAUAAAGGUGAUACGAUAUUUCUACCGGUCUACGCAAUUCAAAGGGAUCCAGAAUACUACCCAGAACCAGAACGAUUCGAUCCUGAACGCUUCAGUGACGAGAACAAAAACAAAAUCAAACCCUAUACGUUCUUUCCAUUUGGAUUGGGACCACGAAAUUGUAUUGGCUCGAGAUUUGCUUUAAUGGAAAUUAAGCUUCUUUUUUACUACAUGCUGUUACAUUUUGAAAUAAUUCCAAUUGAGAAAACACAAAUUCCGAUUCGUUUUAGCAGAAAAACUAUAAAUAUGUCGGUUGAGAAAGGUUUUUGGUUGGGGCUUCAACGUCGCGUAAAGUAGCAUUUUGAUGGUUUGGAUAGUUUUGUGUUAAUGAACAUAUAUCUGCUUGUAAAUAUUGGUGUUAACAUAAAAUUAAUAGUGGGUGUCUUCUUGUGCAAAUGUAUAAAUUUGCUAUAUGUUAAGAACAAAGUAGAUGAUGCCAAAAAUAUGCUUCGUAAAUGGAGAACUGACAUACGACUUUUUAACAUUACUUAAUAAUGUGAUAUUAUGUAGUAAUUAACAUCUAUUAACAAAGUUGAUCUUAAGUCAACACAAAGUUGAAUGCUGUUGCAAUUACUAACUUAUUGUUACACGGUUAAUUUGCACAAAAUCUGCAUUAUAAUUGUCAUUUUUUAUUAAAAAAAAGUAACAAAAAAUAUAUAGAGUCUUUGUUAUG